AUGAGGUUUUCUCGGGGGGCGCUCCUGGUCGCCGUCUGCCUGAUCGCGGCCUUUGCGGUCGCCAGCGCGGCGGACGCGAAGCCCAACCGCAAGCUCCUCGGGGAGAAGGCGGCGGACUGCUACGGCUGGUACUGCGGCGGCCGCGGCCGCAACUGGAACCGCGGACCCUGGAACCGCGGGUGGAACGGCGGCUUCUACCCCAGCUGGGGUGGCAGCUAUUACCCCGUCUACGGCGGUGGCUGGUCCCAGGCCUCCGCCUCCGCCCAGGCCGGCAGCUUCGGCUUCGGCGGCGGCUUCUCUAGCGCCAACGCCUUCGCCAGCGCCAACGCCGGCGGGUGGGGUCGUCGCUAA